CAACAUCAUGCUAUCCCUCGAACGCCAGCGCCACCCGUAGAUCAUACUGGUUCUUCCAGUGCUGGGCCAGGUAGUAAUGUAGGAGUUUCUGAAAUUACUCGUCAAAUACAGACUGUCGCUCCGAACGUGCCUGAGCAAGGAACAAGUACUACUGCUACUGCUGGGGUUGCAAUGAUUGCGGCCUCUGCAGCUGGAGUUGCAGGCGCAGUUGCAAAUGGAAGCGCCGUAGUAGAAGCUCGAAAUGCGGGGGCUGCUGGUGCUCCUCCGCUACCGUUGAAGCGGUUCACUAGGACUAGCGUUGCAGAUCCAGGAUCUCCGGAUCUUUUACCAGAACUGUGCAAUUCUGCUGAGGUUGCAUCACUCGGUGUUCACGGCUGGCGCCAACAGAAGGCGAACAAGGACUUGCUGAAGCUCAAGGAGAUGUCAGCUGAGGAAAAGUUUCUGCGUCUCUUUGGUUUUCUGGCAGACUUCUCUCAGUUUCCUCGUGCCACCAUCACGCGGCUGGAGCCCACAACACCACGAGGGAGGAAUCCUAGCAUGAUAGCGAAGUACUCUCCUCACGCGGCACUUGGAGAUGAGCUGCUGAUUGUGUGCGAGGUCUACGUCUCGAAAAUCGCUGAUCCUGAAUGGGCGCAGCCUCACAAGGAAGAAACUGAAGAAAAAG